UAUCAUAACAGGCCGGAUUGUAGAUCAAUGGACGUUGAAAGAUGUACAGAAACUUGGACAGUUAUAUGAAAAAUAGCGGAAAUUAACGUGACCAUUGCAUAUCUUAUAUCUUAACAUUGAAAGAAAAGAGACGAUUUGUGAAAGAAAGUCCUGCUACAAUACAAAGAAGUCAGAAUGAGUUGCUACCAGAAGUUCUACACUAACCAGAUACAUUCCAGUUCCUUGCUAUGUCAGCUGGCCACGAUGUGGAAGAGCCAGGUCCUCUGUGAUGCCAUAAUAAGAACAGGCCCAGUCAUAACAAAGGCACACCGAGUUGUUUUAGUUGCUGCCUGCCCAAUGCUACAGUCAAUGGACAAUGCCUCAAUGGGAUCACACCUGGAAGUCCGCCUGGCAGCCGACAUCAAACAAGAUUCCAUUAAUACGUUCCUACAAUAUUUGUAUGAGGGAUUCAUGAUGCUAACAGAAGAAAAUUGCAGAGAUGUUGAAAAAAUUGCUCGCCUGUUGCAGGUGGACAGUGUCAUUAAGUGCUGUGCUGACUUUCUAAAGUGUCUAAAUGGUGCUACAGGUGCCCCAAUGCCAAUGGACAGCCAGUACAAGUACACGUCUUAUGAUAUGCUCGAAUUCCGCCAUGUUAGGUCAUCAGGUUUACAGAAAAGUGUGAACAUGAAGAGAAUGUCAAAUUUCCCCCGUCCCACAAGUCCUGGCAGCAAGAGGCAAAGAAUGGGUAGACCGUCUAGUCCACUUAUUGAUUCACAUUCCUCUAGUCACAGAGCAGACGAUACUUUAUCCAUGGCACAUAGUUAUCGUUCAAGCCAGCCAGAUCCAUGGGAAAGAGUUCCUCAACUAGGUGCAGGCACAAGGCUUCCUACACAACCAGGGGUCAUUGAUAUUGUGGAAGACUGCCUAGAAAUAAUUCAGACUGAAGAGCCAGAAAAAGAUGCUAGAGGCAACGUGAAACCUGAUUCCAGACCAAAGCAGAAAUCUGUCUCCAUUGGGGUGUCCAGCCAAAUGAAUACUGCCACAGAUGUUCAUGUGGUGAAUAUUUCUGAUCCAGGUGGUACGGGAGGGCCUUUAAAACAGACUACCACAAAUGGAUCUCGUGGUUCCAUCACAGUCAAUCCACUUACCAUGUUCAAUGAUCCAUCUUCUUCAUCACAAGGAUUACAGAGAUCUGCAGAUACUUCAAAUGAUGUCCAGUUUUCACCAAGGUCAGCAGAAUCAGAAGCAACAAGGAAAGAAAACUUCCCUCAUGCCAUGACACCACCUCAACAGCCUGUGUUUCCAACUAUGACCCCCAUUUCCAGAGCAACAAAUAAACCAUUUGCUGCAGGAAGUGCCACGCAGGUCCACUCUUCAGAAAGUGGAGGGAAAAAACAGACUGAAAGUGAAGAAGGAGACCAAGCACAAGAUCAGGUAAACAGGGUUGAAUCUCAGGAACUAUCUCCCAGUUCCUCCUCAGAUAAAGCUCCGGAUAUCAGUAUAGUGAAAGUGGAAGCUGCAGAUGCACAUACCGGAGGAUUGGACAUGUACGUGGACAUACCUGAAGACGGAAUAAUGCGAAUGAAAACUGGAAUAGAAGACAGCAUGGAAAACGAAGAGGAGAGUGACCCUGAACACGAUCAAUCCCAGGAUGCUCUGAGAGAUGACAUCUCAAACGAAGCCAGUAAUGUCAGCGGAGAUCAGAACAAUUCCUGGUACAUCGGACAAUUUAAGGAAUGGCUUUUGCACAAUGGUUACAAUGCAGACUUUGAAAUGAUGGAUGCAUCAAAGUUAAAUCGGAUUCUGUGCCACUUUUACGGAGACGCCGUGUCAAUUUCUACUCUUCCUUUAGCAAUGUUUCCGACCAUGCUGACGCUUCACCUGAGUUCAGCUCCGCUCUAUCGCAAUAUCGAUAUUGAAAAUGACGCAGAAUUCAGGUCCUCUAAUAGUAUGAUAACCCGUAACCCUGUAUAUCUUGACGAUGCGGAAAGAGCAGAAGUAGGCUCAACAAACAUAUCCAUUACUUUUACCGAUUUGAAGAAAGUAUAUGCAUCUUCAGUACUUGGACUACAUGAUCGUUAUACAUUGCAGAACAAAGUGUGGCUUGAUAUCAAUUUAUAUUUUGGAGGGUUUACCCGCCAAUUGCUGCGAAACAUGUCCAAGAAGACAUUUGUAAGCUGUAGGGACCUUAACACAGGACGAAAGUAUUACAAAGUUCUUGAUCCGAAGGUUUCUCUGCAGAUUGCGGCUAGAAUGUAUGAACAACCAGGGAAUCUUCACUGCCCUAUUUACUCGUUUGAACUCUAUCUCUCAAAACUUAAUCCAGAUUCUCAGGUUUUCUUCCAACAGCCAACAAGUUACGAGGAGUUUAAUAAAACAGGUUGUUGGUAUUCCUCCACUCCAAUCGGCAAGAACAACCAGAGUCGAAAAUUAACCAGUAUCUGUCAAAGUGUAGGAAUUAAUCUGAAUUUUCGCAACACCUCGAUUCGUCACUUGUGUAGGGCUAUCCGAGACAGAUACCCCGAAUACACGCCCUCCUAUAGUGAUAGACUUUUCCAAAUCCUAACGACAGAUGAAUCAAACUCCGAGUAUGAAAACAUGAUGUGAUUGUAACACUCACGGACGAAUAAAUUCGUCCCAUAGAUAUUUAUAUAUUUAUGUCUGCAUAGCAAAGUUUAUUAUGACAUUAAGCUCAAACAAAGUUUGAAGGUUUUUCUACUUUAUAUGUUCUGUAUUCAGUUCGUGGUGUUGUUUCAAAGUAAAAAAAACGUUGUUUCAUACCAAGAUGUUUUAAGAAAACCUAGCAUUGUACGUUGUAUUUUUGAGCAGAUUAGUCUUUCAAAUAAAAGUAACAUUUAA